UCUCAGCCGAACAGUUUGCUUUAAAACUGCAAUUUGUAAGAUUUAUGUUAUCACGAUUUUCAUCACCGAUUUUCAACUUAAAUCUCGUUUCAUUUGGUGAAAUUUCAAAAUCCAUGAAGCGAUGUUCCUCAGCGAAGCCUUCAUUCACACUUCUCACAACCACGCCUUGUGAAAUCUGACACGGCGAAAUAUACAAUUUCAAGUGAAGGUGCAAACCACACGUUCAAAGCAGUUCCACCCGGUGUCAUUGCAAAUACAGAUGAUGCUCUUUCCGGCUGCGGUCUUCCCACCUCCACGCUGGUUCUACCAGUUCUAAUGGCUGUGCGGCUGUAAGUUGGAAUGAAGCUGCGAGUGCAACAUUAUUUUUGCCUGUCUUUUCCUCCUCCCGGCCCAACCAAGUCCAUGAAAGAAGUGGCCUUCGGCGGGAGGUUCGUCACGGAGAUUUAUGAGGCUUAAAUUCCUGAUGAAAUUGCUAAUACAAGUACACUGUGAGCUCCAAACAUGGAAGAGCAACACUCAAAAAAGUCCACCCUUCUCUGUUCACGUUUCCAUUUGGGUUUUGCCCUGUUGUUACUGAUGGGAUUGACGGUGAUUGUUCUAAAUUUUGGAUGGAUGAAGUCUGGUGGCGAUGAAACAAAUGCAGAAUGGAAGAAAUAUCCAGAUCCAAAGCUUAAUCACAGAAUAGACCAGCUAAAGGAGAACAAUCUGUCUCUUUGGACCGACAGACUUUUACAAUGUGGCUAUCAAAAUCAUAGUUUCACCCCUGAAGAAAGGUCAGAGGGCACAGUCCUGAUGAAAAUGAUCGAAUGGCCAAAGCCUCCCAACCCUGCCGUGCCUUUUCAGAAAAGCAGUGACCCAUCACGUGCACAGUUUGUUAUUAUAAAUUCUGGAAAGACUUUCUAUGUUGGGGAUCAGCUAGAGGUGAUGCUGCGUAUGUAUAAUUUUGAAGGAAAUCCGAAGCUAUAUGGGGGUGACUAUCUCCAAGCCAGGAUCCACACCCCAGAGUUGAAAGCCGGUUCAGCAGGAACAGUUACUGAUCAUCAAAAUGGACUUUAUUACAUAAAUUUUACUUUAUCCUGGCCGGGAAAAGUCCAAGUGUCUGUUUCUUUGGUUCAUCCCAGUGAAGGGGUCCAAGCCCUUGCAAGAUUACGGAAGGAAUACCCAGACAGAGUGUAUUUUAGAAGCACUUUCAAAUCAGGGGAUGCCUUGGAGGUCACUGUAUGCAAUCUCUGUUUGCCUCAGACUAAACCACUCUGUAACUUCACCGAUCUCAGGACUGGGGAGCCCUGGUUCUGUUACAAACCAAAGAAGCUUCCCUGCUCUUCUCGUAUCAACCAUGCAAUGGGAGGCUAUAUGCAGAGUCUCCUAAUUGGAGAAGAAGGUCAUUAUUUUCAAAGUGGGAAAAAUGUCAAGGUGCCAAUAUUACCCAAAGAUCAAGGUUAUGUAAUUGUAGAGCCUUCACCUCAUGCAGACAAAGAUCUCAGUGAAUGUCUCCCUGGCAAGCCAUUGCUUUCACCAUCUGGAUUUUAUUAUCAGGAUAAAUGGGUUUCAAACACCUGUAACAUUCAACACUUUGACACUCCAGCAAGUGUUACCAACUGUCUGCGUGGGAAAAUUGUUUAUAUUUUUGGAGAUUCCACUAUACGCCAGUGGUUUGAAUAUUUGACAUAUUUUGUACCAGGCCUCAGAAAGUUUGAUUUGGGCAAUUCAAUGAAAACUGGCCCUCACCUUGCUCUGGAUAUGAACAACACGAUCAAGAUAGAUUAUUUUGCACAUGGGAAACCAAUCCGCAUCCAGCCCAUAUCGAGUCAGGAUCUACCAUUCAUUGCAAAUAAACUGGAUGACAUUAAAGGAGGAAAGAACACAGUUAUAGCCUUUACCAUCUGGUGCCAUUUCAACACUUUUCCAGUGGAACCUUACAUCCGAAGGCUACAGAACAUCCGGAGAUCAAUUCUACGAUUGCUGGCUAGAAGUCCUGAUACAGUGAUCGUAAUAAAGACAGCUAAUGUGCAGGCUCUCCCACGAGAGGUUAGUCUCUACAACAGUGACUGGUUCUCCUACCAGCUUGAUUUAGUGAUGAGAAGGAUGUUCGCAGGCAUCAAAGUGGCAUUUGUGGAUGCGUGGGAGAUGACCAUAGCCCAUUACCUGCCACAUGACCUACACCCCAAGCAAAUCAUCAUCAAGAAUGAAGUAAAUGUGUUUCUUUCAUAUGUGUGUCCUUUGAAAAGUGAGAGGGGAAGUGGGGAGAAAAGGCAUGUGAGAGGGGAUGGGAAUGGAAGUAGGAGCUGGGUGAUUAUGGAAAAUGGGACGAAGGGAAUGUGA